AUGUUGCCUGCAGAAUGCUCCAACCUCACCAGAGGAACUCCUUCCGAGCACCAAGCUUUGACACAGCGGGAAGAACCGCUAAAGAGCCGAUCGGCCGGUCGAGUGUUCCUGGUGAACUGGGAAUCAAAAUGUGAUCCCAACAAUCCGGUGAACUGGAAAACGACGAAAAAGUGGGUAAAUAUUGGGAUAAUAAGCGUCAUUACAUUUCUAACAACAGCUGCUUCUUCGAUGUUUGCGCCCGGCUUACCUGAAAUCAUGCACGAGUUUGGCAACGAUAAUAACAAACUCUCUUCGUUCGUUUUAUCUGUCUACGUCUUGGGUUAUGCGGCAGGCCCAACAAUAAUUGCACCACUUUCAGAACUAUACGGCCGAGUCAAACUCUACAAUACUACCAACCUCCUUUUCUUCAUCCUCACCCUAGCUUGCGGCUUGACUCCAAGUCUGGGCAUGCUCAUUGGGUUUCGUUUUCUUGCUGGUUGUGCCGCCGCUGCACCGCUAGCCGUCGGCGGGGGCAGCAUAGCUGAUAUAAUACCACUAGAACGUCGAGGGCGAGCUGUAGCAAUUUUCUCGCUGGGCCCAGUCCUGGCGCCGGUCCUAGCCCCCAUCACUGGCGGAUAUGUGACCAAGGUCCUUGGCUGGAGAUGGAUAUUUUACAUUUUAACUAUACUGAGCGGUAUCGUGACGAUUAUCUCUAUAACCUUCUUAAAAGAGACAUCGGCCAAGACUCUUCUCGAACAAAAGGCAAGACGCCUACGAAAAGAAAAGAGCGACGAGAGAUAUAUAUCUUGUCUUGCGGACGACUUAUUACCUAGGGAGGCCCUGUCCCGCUCGAUCCUCCGGCCGUUGAAGAUGCUCUUCAUGCACCCAGUUAUCUUCUUCCUAUCGAUCUAUGUUGCAGUCGUGUACGGAUAUCUUUAUAUAUUCUUCACGACAUUUACGCCCAUCUUCCAAGACCAAUAUAAUUUCUCCAUAGAUAUAGUCGGUCUUUGUUAUUUCGGUCUAGGUGUCGGCUUUAUAGUCGGUGUUGUCUCCAGCAGUUUCUUCAGCGAUCGCUUGGUGCUCUAUCUCACCAGGCGAAACGGCGGACUCAGCAAACCCGAAUUCCGACUCCCGCCAAUGACCUACACAAGCCCCAUAACUCCAAUCGGAAUGCUGAUUUACGGCUGGGCCGCCGAGGUGAAGCUUCCGUGGAUCCUGCCUAUGGUGGGCACAAGUAUAGUCGGCGUCGGUUUAAUGCUAAUGCUGACAUACCUUAUCGAUGCAUUUACCCGACAUGCUGCGUCGGCAAUGGCAGCGGCGACGAUCAUCCGGUCACUUUUUGGGGCCACACUUCCCCUCGCAGGUCCACCUUUGUACGACAAACUUGGUCUCGGUUGGGGCAACAGCUUGCUCGCCUUUAUUAUAGUGGCCAUAGCGCCGAUUCCAUGGUUUUGCAUGAAAUACGGGGAAGGCAUGCGUAUGAGAUAUGUUAUCACAUUUGAAUAA